AUGAAAGGAAACUAUUUAUAUGAAAGAAGCCACCCCAGUAAUUGGAACCCUAACGCCCAGAUGAAUAACAGGAGAAAGUUAACUGUAAAAAAAGGGAGGAAUAAGGACAUGUACAAUUAUAACGUAGGGGUGAAUAAAGGUACAGGGCCACAUGUGAACCCUUCAAAUGAUAAAAACAAGGGUUACGUGAAUGAGGAGGAGGGAGAAGAAGAAAACACCAAAGGUAAGAUUCCUCAAAAGGGUAUCACCUCUUACCAUUAUGUAGACCACGGCUACUACAACAUGGGAAAUGCGAACAGAGUGUCGUAUGCGAAGCCUAGUUAUUACAAUCAGGCAUACGUCAAAUUUCCAAACGGGAAGGCUGCUGCUGGUAACCCUAGCACGGCCGCUGGCUACGGAGGCAGCGGAUAUGGAGGUUAUGGUUAUGCUGGUUAUGGGAAUUAUGGGAACCAUGGGGGUCAUAACUACGGGUACCAAACGAUGAACGGUGCUUAUGACCAGUACGACGGGCAAACCCAGUUUAGCAACCAGUACGACUGCUACGAUAAUUAUAAUGGGUAUGGUGGGAGCGGGUACAGUGGUUACUAUGGCAACGGCUACAACAACUACAAUAGCUACAACAACAACCAGCAGCAACAGCACCAGCACCUGUGGAAUAAUAACAGCGCCAGCGCGCAGUACUCUCACAAUCAGGGGGUCAGCAAUUAUGGCCCCCAUAGUUACGGUACCCAGGAGAAGAGCGCUCAGCAGGCUAAUUACGAAUGUGGUGCAGCCAAGCAUCAGCAACAUGACCCUCCUCAAGUACCCCACAAGGGGAACGAGGUUCAUGUAAAAUUCAACGAGCUCAUUAGCGAUGUGUAUUAUAAGUCAUCUUAUUACUUAAAAAGAAAUAGAAAGUACAUGCAGAAGCUUCUAAAGUCGAACUGUGUGAUAAAUAUAUAUCUGGUGAGACACAUGGAAGCUACGCAUAAUAGGGAAGUUGUGGAGAGCAAGGAUAAGGUUAGGGACCUAAUUUAUAAGGACGCGAAGCAUUUGGACUGUGGGGUAAGUGAGCAAGGCAAACAGAAGUGUGAAGAAUUGAAGAAUGAUGGGAAUAACAGGCUGUAUCAGAAGGUUAUGAAGUUGUACAAGGACUCUUUGCAGGAGGUGGAAUUGUCCUCCGCUUCUAGCAUUGACAAGAGUGGUGCUGACCCCGGGCCUACCGAUGAUAAUGCGAGGAAGGGCAUCCUAGAACGCAACAGCAACUUUGUCAUUAUCAGUUCCCCCCUGAGGAGAUGCCUCGAAACCAUGAAGUACUACUUUAACUUUAAAAAGAACAUUUUGAUUUACGAGUCCGUGCGGGAAAUGGCCGGCAACUACGUUAGCGACCAGAGGUCCAAGACGUCCGAUAUAAAAAAAUUUUGUGAAAAAAAUUUUGAGGACUAUGAGGUGAUAUGCUUUGGCGAAAACGAUAUUUUUUAUGCAGACAAAUUUAGGGAGUCGGCCGACCAGGUGUACUGUAGGUGCUUGCAGUUUUUGAAGAUGGCGCAUGCGCUGGCUGUGAAUUAUUUUGCCUCUCUCGAGAGGGACAGCGAGGCGGCAGAAAAGGGGGAGCAUGUCACUGGAGCGGUUGAAGCGGCGGACGUGGCGGACGCGGCGGACGCGGCCGGGCAGGGGCUUGUCCCAGAUAAGGAGUCUGUGUGUGAGAAAAACCACCACGGGGGAGAAGUAGUAUUAGACGCAGGGCAAGUAGCAGAUGAGAAGGAGACCAAGGGAAAGGGAAAAAAACGCGUGUACAACAUCGUACUGGUUUCUCACAGCUCGUUCAUUUUGCAUUUUUUGGCUCUGCUGGAUUACUUCGAUCUGGGUGCGAGAAACUUUAACAAUUGCGACAUCAAGAAAAUUGUGAUCCCGUUGUCCAGCACGUUCCUCUUUUUUAACAACGUGGUGAACAUGCAGCUAGCAAAGCCCGUGUGCACGAAUAAUUUCCCCAUAGCCUUUAGGAACAAAAACAAAGUUGUAACAAAAGCAUUCAAGGACAAAAACAUUUACACCCUGAGCAGUUACAACGACUUUGAUGAACUGACUUGCCAGCACCCAUGUACAGUGGUCAUAUAUCAGUACGCCUCCCUGGUGAAUGAAGAAAAAUAUUCUAAAUAUUUAGAGAAGGUACAAAAUUUUAUUGACCUUGCGAAUAGGGAGCAUGAGGAGCAGGAGGAGAAUUUUUUCUCCAAUGGCAUGUUCAAGAAUUUUGUAAGGGAGAAGAAGGAUAUGGGGAGGCGUAUCCUGGUGACAGAUGCUAGUAAGCAUUUGCUUUAUGUGCAGGAGAAAAAUGCCUGGGAAGUUAAUAAGAAGGGUUUUUUUGUAGGUCAAAAUGUGGUUAUUAUAGUUUUGCCACAUGUAGAACCCACUGUAGUAGUAAGUUCUAACAACAGCCCUAGCCAAAGUGAUGAGCCAAAAGAAAAAUUGAAUGAGAAGUCUGUACAUCUAGACAAUGUACUGAACAUUGUGAAUAAUUAUAAUCAUGUGCAGGACUUAAUCAAAUCGAAAGACUUUUGGAAGGUUCUUAAGGAGAAUAUAAAUAAUAUGGACUUGGGUGCAUUUCAGGAAUACCUCAUUGAGAAAUAUACAAAAAGGGUCAAGUGUGAAGAGGCACAUAAUUUUUGCUACCUCGAUUUGUGUAGCUGUUUGCAGAGUAAAACCUUUAUGGAGAAAUUCCAAGACAGAUGUAAUGGGUACUUGAAGCGUCUGAAGGAAAGGUGUGAUGCUUUUGCGUAUGUAGAUAUGGAGAAGGAGUGUAGGUACAUUAAUGAGAAUCUGCUCGAGGAUAUGUUCCCUAGGGAGUAUACCUCGUGUGGAAGGGGGAGGCUGCCCACCAGUGGGGACCGUGGUGGUAAUUGGGCCAACGGGAAAGAGGACGCUGCGCUGGAUGAACACACCUUGGUUAGGAAGAAGUUUAUGUGCAUUCCUAGGAGGGCAGCGAUCACUGCGAAGGUGGCUGCGGAAGCAUUAUUUGGCCACUCCAAUCAGGUAGCAGCAGGUGGGGCGGCCUCAUCACCCACAGGAGAAGAGACCGUGGUAUCGAGCAAGAAUUUUCUGCAGGAAAAUAUCAACACGCUAAAGUCCUUCCCGCAGUCUAUUCAAAAUUUAAAUGUGGAAAUGUUUUAUCGGGACCACUUCUUCUACUUCCAUUGCCUGCACCGAUUUAUAAAAAGCAAAAAUAAAGUUGAAGGACUUAUCAUAUCCAAGCUGCUAACCUUCCUCGACCUGUUGAAAGCCUUUGAUGUGAGUGCAUCGAAUAAAAUUUUUCAAAAAUUAUUCAAAUUGGAGGGUCUGAUUGAGAACAACACCAGUUUGGAUGACGAGGACAGGCUGGUCAACACGUACUCCUGUGAUAAGAAGUGCGCCCAGGUGAAUAACACCUCCUACUAUGACGAGUCGGCCAAGAAGUACAAGUUGAUUCAGACUUUGCGAGGACGGAAGAAGAAAGUUGUGGACGACCUAAACUACAUGCGUUACAAUCUGCUCACCGUUGCCGGAGGAGCAGAAAACGUUUUUAUUUUGAAUGUCCUCAAAUAA